AUGUUAUGCCAGUGCAGUCCUCAAGUUAAUCGGGUUUCUUCAUGCGCAUCUGGAUUUGACCUGGACCUACUGGUUUUCUCUGAAAGUGAAAAAUUGAGUACAGCAGCUGACUUUUUCAGUCUUGAGAAAUUUUGUUCUACCUACAUCAUGGAAAAGCUUUUGCUUUUGUAUAUAGUUUUAUUCUACUGGCAUUUCCUAAAUGCUUUAUUCACAGUUGAAGCUCCCCAGUCACUCUACAUUGUGGAACAUGGCAACAAUGUGACCAUGGAAUGCACAUUUCCAGUGAAUGGGAAGUUAAAGUUUAGAGAUUUAAGUGUUAGAUGGGAAAAGAAAGAUGAGUUAAAGAAGCAGGUUUACGUACUUCUCAAAGGAGAGGAAGACUUCAGAAGUCAGCACAGUGACUUUAAGGGAAGAAUAAGAUUGUUGAAAGAGAAUCUGAAACUGGGACAGUCUCUCCUUCAGAUCACUGAUGUGAAGCUCAGAGAUGCAGGGUUUUAUCAGUGCGUUAUUGGAUAUGGGGGAGCUGACUACAAGACAAUCAAUCUGAAAGUAAAGGCUCCCUAUAGGACUAUAACCCAAAGAGUGAUGAGCAUAGGAGACAGCAAAUGGAAGUUGACAUGUCAGUCAGAAGGACACCCACAAGCUGAAGUGAUAUGGCGAAACAGAGAAUAUGAAGAUUUGACUGAUAAGGCAAACACGAGUUAUGAAACUGGAAGUGACCAGCUGUAUCGCGUGACAAGCACCCUUACAAUCAAAAGUAGAAUUGAUGAGACUUUUUACUGUAUAUUUUGGAAUAAAGAGCUGAAAGAAAAUACAUCUGCUGUUUUACACAUAACAGAUUCAGCAGAUGCUGUUCUGUGGCCUGAGAGCAGACGGUUUGUUGGAGCAUUUCUCAUUGUGACUGCCUUCUCUGGAUCACUGUUUCUGUUUAUGCUCUGCAUAAGAAAAGCCAGAGUAAAUAGGGACCACAGAACACCUGUGGCUAAUUCAGCAACAGCAGAGCUGUCAAAGGACACAGAUACACAGGACUACAGAGAUGCUUCUUUUGAAGGCAAAGAGCUGAAAUAUAUACAAAUUGAGAAGACCUAAAGAAAGUAGGAGAAGAUCUUUUCCUCUCUGGUGAAAGUCUGAGGGCUCAGAUGUCCUGUGUCCUAUCUAUUAAGGGGGAUAUUAAUUUUUUUUGUUUUAUUCUGUGGCAAUAUACUUUCAUAUUGUUGUAACUCAGAAAAAAAUGCAAUUGUUAUAAUGUAAAAAGUCCUUGGAGUUUCUGCUUUCUCAAAUUUAUGCACUUUUAGUUAAAAAUAUCUCUAAGGUAAAGCACUUUAUGUCUAUGACAAUAAUGAAUUUUGUAUUCAGUUCUUGAAUAGGGCAUCUUCUGGGUUUUUUGGUUUGUUUGUUUUGUUUUGCUCUCUCCUCCCUCUCCCUUACCCCUACUUCCCAACAUCCUUUUUGAGGCCACAGCCUGGGUGCCGCUGAAGGAGAUAGCUGAUUUUUAUUUAUUCCUGGAGUGCAAGAAUGGCUUUGGAAAUAUAAGGGCCAUUUGUAAAAAACACGCUGACUCUCAGCAAUACACAAAUGUAGUUUUGUAUCAUCAUAUGUAUAAUUCCCCUUCCAGACAACCUCUUAAUUUCCUACUUCCUCUUUGAGACUGCAACAGCUAUUUGCGUAUCAAAAUAAAAGUGAAAAGUCUGCUCCUUUUAGUUAUUAUCGGCCUUUGCAAGUAAAUGUUACUAGUGCCUGCUUAGUUCCAUGGAAUGAAAGCUGAUGUCUUCAACAAGCUCCACUGGGCAGCAGGAACUGUUACAUUUAUAUUUUCCCAGCAGUAGAAAAGGUAAGUUUCUGUGACAGUGCUGUAUAUCAAUUGAGUAAGGUAAUGAAAUAAAGCAAUGCAAAUAUAUAUAUAUUUUUUAAUUCUAUAUCUGAACCUUACCAUCCAAAAUGCCAGUGCUUGGAUUCCUGAGUAGUUGAUAGAGAGCUUGAAAUUUUGCUACUUCAUUAAGCAAGCAGGAUGUGUGGUGGAUAACAUGAUGUCAAAAGCUCUACUUUAUAUUUCUCUGACAUGCAAACCAAAAUUUGUCUGAUCUAAUUUUAGUAAUUUUACAAAUUAGUCUUUUAGAAUAAGCUAAAUCUCUGUGUUUCAUUUUUAUGAAUACAGGGAGACAGGCUCACAUGCUCUUCCUCUAGUGCCAUCAGUUGUUUUGCAUGAUUACUUUCCACUUACAACAGAGGGGGAAUACACAUCUAACUGAAAAUAUGACAUGUUUAGAUAAUGAGAACUAGGUAAAAGGAAAUCCUUUCUAUCCUAGUAUAAAAAAAUGUAGUUAAGCACCAGAUUUAUAAUAAGAAUAUUUCUGUCAGUUAACGAUUUUUAUGUAUUACUUCAGUGUUUCUGGAUAUCUGGAAAAUGAAAUCCAGCAGGAAACUAGCACAGACUGCUUCAGCAGGGUGCAUUUUGCUUCUUAAUGGCCAAGCACUUCAGAUGCCAGAAAGUACUCAGAAAAAUCUGUUUCAUGUGCACAAUGUAAAUUGGCUUCUUGGUAUUUGAGUUCAGGACUCAUUUGUUUGAAAACUGUAGCUGUAAGCAAGUCUGGUGGCCUAUUCUGUGAUGUGGCAUUUAAUUUUGUAGACAUGAAUGCUAUGACUAAAUAAAAUUACAUUAAAGAAUAAUAAUA